CGGGUGGGUAUCCGUGGGUUCGGGUUUUGUUGCCAUCCCUAUUCCCUAGUGACCGUGACCGACCAUUUCGCAGAUCCGGCUGCGGCCAAGCUGCUCGGUGAAAUCUCUAUCCUUCUUCAAUUUCCGACCAGAGCCCGGCAAUCCGUCCCGGGCACCAGUGUCCUGUCUUUUCUGCUUCCUUUCUACUCACAAGUAAACUCUCGAGCCUCAGCCUCAGUCUCCUCCACCCUACAUCGCCCUCAUUCUCGUCCGACAAAUCCCAUAAUAAGGUGAGAAGGGAUUUGAGGUUGUUGCAAUCU